CGUCCGCGUGAAGUGCCCUGCCGUCGCGUUGUCGAGUCAUCGCCAGAGAAGAGCAGAGAGCCGACGGAGCCGCGGGUCCGAUGGCUUGAAAACACGGGGAAGGGGAGGUGGGAAGAACCGUGGAUCACAGCGCGGAUUUACUUGCACCGCAUAAGCCGAGAAAAGAACAAAACGGGGGCGAGGAGGACGAGGAUAAAGCACCUUUGGCUGAAACUCUUGUCUUUUUUUGGAGGAGAGUGUGAGGGGUUGUUUCUUUUAUUUCCUUUUUUUUCCGGUUGCAGUUUGCACGCCCCCCCCCCCAACCCCCCCGGACGCGGACGACCCAGGGGAGACCGGAGCCGGAGUACCGGAGCCGCCGCGAACAAAACCAGCGAGCGAACUUGGCUCCUUUGCCCCCCCGGUGGGAGGUGUCCGUCUGUCGGCUGCAGCUCUCUGCACGUACCGCUCCCGCCGCCACGCCGCUUGGGGACUUUAGUCAUUUUAAAAGAAUAAGCUUUGUUGCUACGUUAUGUUCUUGUAAAUAUAUACAUUUCCCCAAACCCCACCUCGCCCCAACCCCCCCACCCACCCCGUGCGGGGUUUCGGCAACCAACUGUGGCUUUAAUGUGACGCACUAACACGGACAUCGGUGCGGACCCUCCUCGGUAACGGGCUUUUAAAUCAACUUCGCACCUCCGGGUAUCCACGGGUGCCAAUAACGGCUCGCGCCCAUGUGAAAGGGACAAAGGGCCAAAGCGGAUCAAGCCGGGCCGUGCCAGGCCUACCCGACACCCCCCCCCCCCCUUCCUGUCACGGGUUGGAUUCCACCGGUAUUUUUGGGUGGCCGAGCCGGUCGGCCGUAUCUCCUUCCAUGUCGUGGAUGUCCCUCUCUGGAUGUUGGCACCAAGAUGGAUUCGGGUGUUAAUUUGACGGUUGUCACCUCGUCCCAGCGCUUGCAUCCCCGCUCCUUUGACUGGCUUUCGUCCCUCCCCUCCCCGGUCUCGGGGGGAAAGCUCCUCUCGCUCUCUCGGGGCCUCCCCGGGCCCUGCACACGAGGCCCUUGUCGGAGCUGUACGCUGUCUUGUUGAAACGAUUGACGUUGCAAAGAGGAAGCAGUUUUUUUUCCUUUGGAUUGGAGAGCUUUCCAUCUCAAAGAGAAGCUUGCUGGUAACACGCGCACAGGUUGGUCCGUUCAGUCACAACAAGAAGAAGAAGAAGAACUCCUUUUUCGGUUUUGUGGUCCGAGGCUCGAGAAACCAUGUCUGAAAGCAAUAGCGGCAGCAAAGCGGGGUCAUUCAUUGCCCCGGCCCCCCCUCCCCCCUCCGCCUCCCCCUGCCCGUCACCCCAGACCCCCCACAAGAACGUGAACGGCUCCUCCACUUCGGACCUGCUGGAGGCGGAGAAGCUCGGCGGGCAACCCGAGGUCCAGCGCCGGCGCCACACGAUGGACCGGGACUCCCGGAUCGCCGAGCACCGCUUCUUCCGCCGGAGUGUCAUCUGCGACUCCAACGCCACGGCACUGGACCUGCCCAGCAAAGCCGCCGUGAUGCUCACCUCGCCGCCGGACUGGCAGGGGCCUCCAACCUUCUUCCCCCUCCAGGGUGACUUUGGCGGGUCACUGCGCGUCGACGGCGCCGAGGCGCCAGGCCUGGCCCUCCAGCCCGGGCUCGGCGGGGCGGCUGCUGAGGGCCGCGCGGCGGAUGCCGGGGAGGACUUGGACGAGGGAGGCAUAACGUUCGCCGUUCCCUCCCUUCAAGGACAUGCCGCAGACGGGGCGACUGUGCCGCAGCCCGACCCGGCGGUGUCGGGCGGCACCGACCAAACGCCAGGCGAGCCGUCCAAGGCCACGUUGCGUCCCAGAGUGCCGCAGGACACGCAGCAGCAGCAGCAGCAGGCGGCGGCGGCGCAGCGCGGGAAGGGGGCGGAGCCCUCGGACGGGGGCGACGCCGGCAGUCUGACCGAGGAGAAGGAGAAGGAAACGGAGGAGGAGGAGAAGGAGCAGGAGCAGGCGAAAAUCCGGGCGGAGCAGAGGGAGGCGGAGAAAAGAGUGCAGGAGGAUAUCGAGGAGGUGGAGACGAAGGCGGUGGGGACUUCGCCCGACGGGCGCUUUCUGAAGUUCGACAUUGAGAUCGGGAGAGGGUCGUUUAAGACGGUCUACAAGGGCCUGGACACGGAGACCACUGUGGAGGUGGCGUGGUGCGAGCUACAGGAUCGCAAGCUGACCAAGUCAGAGCGCCAGCGCUUCAAGGAGGAGGCCGGGAUGCUGAAGGGUCUCCAGCAUCCCAACAUCGUCCGCUUCUACGACUCCUGGGAGGGACCCUGCAAAGGAAAGAAAUGUAUCGUUCUGGUCACGGAGCUCAUGACGUCUGGCACCCUUAAAACCUACCUGAAGCGCUUCAAGGUGAUGAAGAUCAAGGUGCUGCGCUCGUGGUGCCGGCAGAUCCUCAAAGGCCUUCACUUCCUGCACACCCGGGCGCCGCCCAUCAUCCACAGGGACCUGAAAUGCGACAACAUCUUCAUCACGGGGCCCACGGGCUCGGUGAAGAUCGGGGACCUGGGCUUGGCCACGCUGAAGAGGGCUUCCUUCGCCAAGAGCGUCAUAGGAACCCCGGAGUUCAUGGCCCCGGAGAUGUACGAGGAGAAGUACGACGAGUCCGUGGACGUCUACGCCUUCGGGAUGUGCAUGCUGGAGAUGGCCACCUCGGAGUACCCCUACUCUGAAUGUCAAAACGCCGCCCAGAUCUACAGGCGGGUUACCAGCGGAGUAAAGCCUGGCAGUUUUGACAAGGUAGCCAUUCCUGAGGUGAAGGAAAUCAUAGAGGGCUGCAUCCGAACAAACAAGGAUGAGAGGUAUGCUAUAAAGACCCUGUUGAACCAUGCGUUCUUUCAGGAGGAAACAGGGGUCCGGGUUGAACUGGCGGAAGAGGAUGAUGGGGAAAUGAUUGGCAUCAAACUCUGGCUCAGGAUAGAAGACGUCAAGAAGCUCAAAGGCAAAUACAGAGAAAACGAAGCCAUCGAGUUCUCCUUCGACCUGAUCAAGGAUGUCCCAGAAGAUGUGGCCCAGGAAAUGGUUGAAUCGGGCUACGUUGCCGAGGGUGACCACAAGACCAUGGCCAAGGCCAUCAAGGAUCGCGUGUCCCUAAUCCAGCGGAAGAGGGAACAGAGGCAGCUGGUACGAGAAGAACAGGAGAAGAGGAGACUUGAAACGGAACAACAGCAACAGCUGCUGCAGCAGCAGCAGCAGCAGCAGCAGCAGCAGCAACAACAACAGCAGCAACAACAACAACAACAACAACAACAGCAGCAACAACAGCAGCAACAACAACAACAACAACAUCAGCAAGAGACUCUCAAACUGUCUCACACACAGGUAGAAGCAGAGGAGGCCGAAUCGGAGCAGCAACAACAACAACAACAACAACAACAACAGCAGCAGCAGCAGCAGCAGCUUCACUAUCAGCCGACGGGCCUCCCGCACACAUCUGAAGGAGGCCCGGACAGCGGCCAGGGCUCCUCCGUCUUCUCCUCCGACUCCCCCCACCUGGCCCAGCUGACCAUGUCUUACGGCUGCUCCCAUUCCCCCUCCCAGCCCCAAACCCCUUACCCCUCCACCCCCGCCGCUAACCCGCAGCAGCACCAAGGCUACGCCCAGCCGCCGCCGCCGCAGCCGAUGCCUGCGUCGCGCCGUCCCCGAAGCCGUAGCAUGUCUGUUUGCGUCCCUCCCUCCUCCUACUCCUUUUCCCACGCUCCUCCACGCGUGGCCGUUCCUCCAAAGCGGCCCUCCACCCCUCCUCCAGACCUGUCCUCCUACACCACCUCCACCACCACCACCACCACCACCAACCCCUGCAUGCCUCUCGCUGCCGAGAGGGACACGUUCGCCGGGCGCCUCUCAAAGGCCCUGGAGACGGUCCUGCCCCUUCACUCGGCCUCCUCUCUGCCCGGGUCCAGGCAGCGGAGGGCCAGCCUACCCGCCCUGUUCUCCACCCCCCAGCAUUCAAUGCCGCACCCCUACAGUGGAGGAGGAAGCACAGGAGGAGGAGGAGGAGGAGGAGGAGGAGGGGCCAUCCCCCUCCAAACUUUCCAAGACCCCCCAAAUAUUUUCUUCCCCUCCAUCCCCGAGCGCCCCGUAUCCUUCUCGCCUCCGCCCACUGGGCCUCCUAAGGCCUACAACACCCAGAGACGCAAGAGCACGUCCAUACUCGAGGCUCACACCCGACACUUCCAGCCGGCCUACCCCCGCUACGGGAGCGGCCUGCACCCCUUUUCCGGGAUGGAGGGCGUCGAUGCGCCCCCCAUCUACAUGGUGAACCCCGGUUUCGCCGCAGCUGCCCAGAGGCUCGGCGUUGGCGAGCCGCUGCAUCUCCAGGGACAGUCGGACCCGAGUUUGUACGCCUACAAGGACCUGCGGGCGGAGCACGAGGAGGUGGUGAGGAGACUGAGUCUGAAUCAAGCCGCCUUACUGGACCAUUACGAGGCGAUGGCGUACGGCGGAUACCCGAUGGCCGCGCACCAGCUCGGCCACUUGACCUUCCACCAGCAGAGGCAAGCGGCGGCCGCCGGCUUCGGUUUCGACCCGGUCGCUCCGCCGCAGCCGAGCUUCCUGCACGCGCACCUCAUGCAGAGAAUGAGCGCGCACAGCCCCGUCCCCCCGCCUCCGAACGCGCCCGCCGGCGGCUCCUCCUCCUCGCCGUCGUCGGACGGAUGCUAUCCGCCACCGCUCCACGCCUCCUCGUCGGCCUUCGCUGUCGCUGCGCCCCCGGUGAUGGCUGAGGCCCCGCCCACAACCGGAAGUGCUUUUGAGUUCCAUUUAGCUGCAGCCGCCGCCGCCGCCGCCGCGGGGGACCCGAGCCUCCUGGCGUCCAGACUUUACCGGGCCAGAAGGAGCUCCAUGGACCUCCCUUUGGAGGACAACACGGGGACUGGAUCAGGUGGCUCGGGCACGUACAGCCGCCUUCAGCCGGUGACGGAGGAACUGUACGCGUAUCUGAGUCCCGAGCUGCCCUUACCGCCAGGAAGCCUCCUUCUUCACCACAUGGGGUUGGCCGCAAAAGACCGGAGCCCCGAGCCGUCCAGUGACUCCGUGGCCUCCUCUGAUGCCGGGGAGUUCCAGUCCCCGCCUCCCCCUCCGCUCCUCCCUCCCUUCGACCCCUCCGCCGCUCAGUCCAUCCCUCACUCGUCCUCCGCUGCGUUCUACGAUACCUCCAAUGGAGGAGGAGGAGGAGGAGCGUUCCCCAUGGAUCCCCAGGGACAUCCGCCCUCCAUGCAGAGCUUUCUCCCCGCCACGCCGCACGCCGAACCUCGGGGCGCAUCGUCGGCCCAGCUAGAGUCUCUGAUCCAGAGCGCCUGGGCUCGGCAUGGAGGGGUGAUCCCAGCCCAGCCCGAUAUGACAUACCACGAGUCACUGCUGGCCAUGCAGGCCGCUAACCCCACUCUGCAACAGGCGCAGACUCCCACGCCACAGUCCUCUCCGGGGCCCCCGCUGGUCCCUGCCACCUCCCAGCCAAAUCCUCCUGGGCCCCCUCAACAGGGGGUUUCAUCCAGUCACAGUAUUACAUCAGUCCAGAGCCCCACGCACACACCGCUGCCACAGGCCUCUUCCCAGCCCAGCUUAACCCCAUCGCCCGUUCCCAUGGUGAAACUGCCCUGUCUGUCGCAGUCCCUCCCCGUUACCAUGCCGACAGCGGCCGUGGCUUCCCCUCCCUCUCCUCUGCCCCUCCGUGUCGGCGUGGUGACCUCUAUUGUUUCCUCUCCUCCUCCUCCUCCUCUUCCUCCUCCCGUGCCCACACCUGUGGCUCAGCCGCUGGCCACGGUGGUGCCAAUCAUCAGUGUAGUCACGGCUCCGCCUGAUACCCCCGUGGAAGCCCCGCCCAAGUCUGCCUCUCAGUCUUCAGAGUUGUCCCAACUACAGCCACCUCAAGUUCUCUCCUCCAUAGAGAGCGGCCACUCCGAGACUUCGGGUCUGAGUGACGGCAACGAGGGAGGAGGAGGAGGUCGCCACGAGGGGCGCUCCACCAAGCGGCACCAGAGGCGCUCCGUUCGAAGCCGGUCGCGCCACGAGAAGACCUCAAAGGCGAAGCUCCAUGUCCUCAAUAUCUCCAACCGAGGAGACAGGGUAGCAGAGUGCCAACUGGAGACCCACAAUAGGAAGAUGGUGACUUUCAGGUUUGACCUGGAUGGAGACAACCCCGAAGAGAUCGCCCAGAUCAUGGUCCAGAGCGAGUUCAUUCUGGAGAGUGAGAGGGAGUCCUUCAUCGAGCAGGUUCGAGAGGUGAUAGGGAACGCGGAUGAGAAGGGUCUGGAGAGAGACACAAGCAGCCAGAUGGAAGGUGACAUGGCGCAGCAGAUUCCUGCUAUAUCUGUCCCCAUGCCAGACACCCCUCCCAGUGCGACUGCCCAAGUGGUCCAUUCAGCAGGUCGCAGGUUCAUCGUCAGCCCCGUGCCGGAAGCCAGGCUGAAGGAACAAAGGUUUCCAACAUCUCCCUCUCCUGCCCGGGCUCCUCCUCUUGAAAUAGUUCCUCCAGCUUCAGCUGCGUCCGAGUCUGCGGCCCCAGGUGUGGGGUUGUCCCAGUCUGCUGGAGCGGUCAGCUUACAACAGGCCUUCACCGAGCUCCGGCAGAGCCGCUUCGACGCCGGACCCAGUACCGCCCCACCUUCCAUCCACGCCACCCAUCCUCUCCUGCGGGCCGCGUCGCCCUCUGUGGCCCCACAGGCCGGCCUCGCCACCCCCACGGCGGAGGCCUCGGCUGUUUUGACCCGGGCACAGGAGCCGGCCUCGGAUGCCUCUCUUCCUCCCCAGACCUCCUCCGCCCCCUCCUCUCAGCACGCCGUCAGUCUCAGCCCCCCUUGUUCCUCCUCCUCCUCCCCGCCUCCUUCUGUGGUGACUCAGCCCAUCCUUCAGGCCGUUUCCCAAGCACCAAUUCAGCCCCAGGCCUUCGCCCAGCCUCCGUCUCACAGCGCCGCCGCUGCCCUCGCUGCUUCGAUACCCUCAACUUUAGCAGCCGCCAGCAUCCCCCCCGCGAUGCUCACCUCCCUUCCUCCCUUAUCCUCCCCUCCGAGCUCCAGUCUUCCACGCAGCGAAGUGUCCUCCGAUCCCCCGUCGGUCUCUCCCCCCUCCUCCACCUCUGCCCCCUGCCUCUCCUCCUCAGUCACCCCCACCACGGCCAUCCCCGGCCCCCUACUGGUUCCCGCUGCCGCCUCCCACCCCAUCCACACCCCUCCUGCCUCCUCCUCCUCCGCCGCCUGCCUUCCGUCAGUCCAACCAACCUCGGUGCACUCCCAGCCGCAGAUGGCGCCCGUGCUCGGGCAGACGCACACGCACUCUGGGGAAUGCGAUGCAAGGUGCGAGGCGUUCACUGAUUCGCAAGGCAAACCGGACGACAUCCAAGCUCUGGAGAAGAAGCUGCGGUCUCUCUUCAUGGAUCUCGGCGGAUCCCAAGGAGACCCCUUGGCAGCCGACCCUGCCUCCGGAUCCCCUGUUCCAGGUACAUCGUCCCCAAAGGGCCCCUCCUGCUCGUCCUCCGGCACAUCUAUCGCCACACCUGGCUCCAGUCAGCCAGGCAAUCCUGCUCAGCCCCCCUGCAGCCUGUCACUCGGGUCACCUCUCCCCAUCCAGGGACCUGGGACACCGAUCACCACCCCGUCACCCAUCGUUUCUACAGUCAUACCUACUUCAUCCUUUGGCCAGACCACUCCAUCCAAACCCCCUUUAUCCAGGACAACGGCCAGUUCUCCUCCUUCAGAUCUCCCGCCAUCCUUCCCCGGACCUUGUCUAAUACAGUCCCAGCUGCCUCUAGAGGACCUGGAUGCUCAGUUGAGGAGAGCACUCAGCCCAGAGGCCGUUCCUAUCAGCACUCACACACAGGCGUCUCAGAGUGGCGCACCUUUUGCGGGACUACCAAUUCCCUUAUCUCUGGAGGAAAUAACGGGGUCGUCUUGUGGUCCUCCUCAUCCUUACGGUGGAAUCACACUGGGAAGAUUUCAGGUCUCAUUGGCCACCGAAACUCCUCCUGUCCAACGACCCGCGUGCACCGAGUCUUCCUCCACCUCCUCCUCGUCUUCAUCCUCCUCGUCCUCCAGUAUGUCCAGCCCAGAGAACACGCUGCACAAGGAUUCCCCGUCCCCUCUGAGAGGGGGAGGAGGACAGGGAGGGGACGUUGUGGACGGACUCCCCCAACGGACUCUUGGAGGGUCCCAGCCCUCCCCCCCCACCUCACCCUGCGCUUCUCCCAUGCCCACCUCCACCAUCGGACGCUUCCAGGUUACCACUAACCCAGAGGCUCGCGUUGGUCGGUUCUCGGUGAGUCGGGCCCAGGAGCAGAGCACGCGGCCCGGGGCGACGCCUCCGCCCGCCGCCGCUAACGGGCCCAGUGGCCCUGGGCUGUUUUUGAGUCCGGACUCGGCUCACAGGGCCUCGCUGCCCAGUCUGAACAACAACUCCUUUAACAACUCUUACAUCAGCAGCGACAACGACUCCGAAUUUGAGGAUGAAGACUUCAAGCUGGAAGUCAGCCACCUCAGAGAAAAGCACAUGCGUGAGAUUCAGGCCCUGCACUCCCGGCAGAAGGAGGAAAUAGACAGUCUCUUCACCAGGCUGGGAAAGGUUCCUCCAACUGCAGUGCUCCCUCCAGUUUUGGGCUUGACUGGCAGAAGGAGACGUCCUACCAAAAGCAAAUCCUCCAAAUCCUCCAGAACCAGCUCUGUGCACAGCAGCAAGAGUCCAUUACAGCCAGGCAGCACUUUAUCCGCCCAGAGCGUCCCCGCCAUGUUCCCCGGCCAGCUGGCUCUGUCGGCCCCGGGGGGGUCGGCCGAGCCGCGCGGCGGCGCCGGCGCUCCGCUCCAGCCCCUCAGGCCCUCGCCCUCCAGCAACCACCUGUGCUCGGCCUACACCAGCGAGGCGGGGCUGUCCGUGCCCAGCCUGUGUGCUCCCACCCCAGGCUGUGUAAAGUUCAGCUGGGGUUCGGAGCGUGUGGCCUUCAAGCCUGGCGGCAGGAGGACGCGCUUUCUGAGUACGCCCUGCUUGGCUCUUUGGAAGAUGGUGAAAAAAGUCUGCCCCUGCAACCAGCUCUGUAGGACCAAUAGCACCAAUGCAGUGAGCGGUUCUGGCAGUGUGGGUCAGAGCCUGGGGGGUUCUCAGUGUCUCCCCCCCAACAUGUCAGCCUCCCACCAGAGGAAAGGAACCUUCACCGAUGACCUCCAUAAGCUGGUGGACAACUGGGCCAGAGAUGCCAUGAACCUCUCCCAGGGGAAGAGGAGUGCCAAACAGCUGCAGCAGGCCCCAGUGCCGGGACACAGCUACGAGGUCAUCCAGUCAGCCGGUCUGGGCAGGAAGUACUCCGCCCCCAGCCAGCUGUGUCCCAGCAGCCUCGGAGGUUCGGCCCACCUCCCCGCAAACUCCACCGCCGCUACCUCUCUGGCCACCCGCAAGGCGUCCCUCUGCCACCCCCCCGCCUCCUGCGCCCAGCCCCAACCUCCUCCCCAGUUCAUCCACUACACCCCCUCACCCGCCUACAGCGCACAGUGGUCCGGUCCGGCUCACGGCGCGGCGCCGCCCGGCCCUCUGCUGGCCAGCGCCUCCCAGCCGCUGGGCCCCUACCCCCCCGUCGCUGUUGGGGGACAGGGCCCGGGGCCCCUGCAGGCCUUCCACCUAAACAGCUCUCUCCAGAAGUCAGUCAGCAACCCAGGAGGCCCCAACAUGAGGACCACGUAGGACUGGGAGACGGGGCGGGUUCGCCCCCCCCCCCCAAACCCCCCCCCUGGCGUGGAGCAGAGUGCUGCGGACUUGACCGGCCGGAGGGGACGUGGAGAGCGAGGGGCCCGCAAAGGACAGGAGAAUGUUUGAGAAUGAAGAAGAGAAGGAAAGGAAAGCAAAGAAGAGUGCGCUGAGGCCAAAGUCUGUGUGGUGCAUUUCAUCUGUGCGUCCGUGUGUGUGUGCGUGUGUGCGUGCGUCCGUGUGUGUGCGUGAGUGUGAGAAGCUGUCCCACUUUGUACUGUGGCUUUGUAGGCCGACAGCCAAAUGCUCAAGGAUGAAGGAAGCCGUUAGAGUGCACCGUUAAGAGGCCAAAGAGAUUUCGACAGGGUGCCGGGUCGGCGUUUAUUGCGGUUGGUGUAUGCGUGACGUUGUGUACGUGCACUCACGGCUCGGCCCCACCUGUUCCACUUCAUGCCGAGCACUAAGACGAUUUCCUGCACCCAAAGGCGACAGUAACGUGCAAAACUGCAGCCGUUAUUCUUUUUUUUUCUUCUCCAAAUUGAAUACAGAAAAUGUAACGGGGGGGAGCGGGGCCGGCCAUCGCAUUAGGUCCAUGCAGCGUUCGGCCCGCGAUGCACGAGAGCCUCCGAACCGGAGCCUCAUCCGUUUUAAGCGUAGGCUUUAACGGCAGCAGGUGAAACGCCUUCAUUUCAGACAAAUGGAGUUGCGGUUGUGCAGUUAUUUCCCUCAGUUCAAAGCACAAAAGAAAAUCCCGAGCGAAUCAAACGCCUCCAGCACCCGAUUACCCGCUGUGUCUUGUUCCUCCCUUGUUCGUACAGACGGGGGAGAGAAUGCUCCCGUUGAGGAAGAGGCUUACUGUUCCUUACCUUAUGGGACACGUCGAACACCUCCUCGCCGUCAUGACCCCCCCCCCCCGCCCACCCAAGCAAUAACCGCAGAGACCUUUUUAGAGGACGUAUGGAAAAACAGCAGCCCGAACAUGAGAGAACUGAAAAAGUGGCCUUGCUAACCGAAUAAUAUCACAUCCCUGUACAGUUUGUGUCCGUCUGUCGGGUUGUUGUUGUUUUUUUUUUUGUUUUUUUUUUCUUUUAGAAUGUCAGCCAUGAUGAUUCCAUUUUGUUGUUUUAUUUCGGUUUUGUUCCGUUGGGUUUGUUCUGCUUGCUGCCCCCGGCUAGCAAACACACACACACACACACAACGCAUCAGACACACUCAUAAAUACACACACCUGCAUACGCAGGCAGACUGUAAAUACCCACACAUUGUUGGAGGCGUGGCGUCAUCGUCGGGGGGGUUUCAACGUGUGUGUUGAAAUGAUUGCAAUGUACAUUGUUGUUGAUGAUAAUUAUUCUAUUUAAAAAGAAACAAAAGUGUUCUGUUGAUGGACCUGUUAUACGCGCACAUCGGUGUACGAUGUGGAAACACUGUGAUUGUUGUUGUUGUUUAUUAUUAGAAAAAUGAUGUUGGACAACAUUCGUUUUAGGGUGAAAAUCACAAAUAAAAACGUUUUAAAAAAACAAAAUCAUUCAGAGAACGGUUCAGGGUCCUUUCACUUUCAAUUCACUGCUUUCAGCAAAUGGAUUCUCAGCCAAAUGUGAAAAUUGAGAACACCGUUGUUUAAUAACGGUCGUCGCCCUCAAAGAAAUGCCUUACCGACUGAUCAACUGCAGUCUCAGUUCCUUUCUUUUUUUUUCUUUUUUUUUU